GAAUAAAAGUAAAUUUUGUCCGUGUGCUUGUACCAUUCAUUUUUCUGUUGUUUGUGAAAGGACACUUGUCAUUGUCCCUCCCGCGACCUCUCAGCACGUGAAACUAGAACGGAGUAAAUCUUAGUGUAUUUGCGCCCUUGAAUUUCAGGCCACAUGAUAAGGUGGGUUUUGUAUGCGCAUGCAUGUAGUAGGCUGAUUUUGUGGUCAUAAUUUGACAUUUUAACACACCUUGACAUCCGUAUUUGCAUAAUUUGAAAAAAUAAAUUAAUAAACGAAAAAAAAUCUUUUCACCGUCGCCGCCAGUUAACGAAUAAAAUAAUACACGAAAACAUGCGCCUGUGUUUUGCGCCUUCACUUAAGUUUCAGCGCCCGAUGACUCAUAGUUACACGCACAGAAGGAAUAUAUGCUACUGUCCUAUCAGAUAUAAGAAUAAACAACAUAGGAAAUAAAGAAUCAUUGUUUUUUUUCAAAGAUUCACGGCUUCUUUUAAACAAAAUAUCAAGGACAAAACCUCGUAAUGCUGAACAGGCGAAAACGAAAGUGAAACCAGUGAGUUGUCGCGAUGCAGAGAAUUUUUUCUUUAAAUUAGUGGUUAAAAAAGCCGGUUCAAAAUGGUGGAAAAUUACUUUUCUUUUCAGUGGUGCAGGAAUAUGCGCUUCACAUGUUUUAAACAGUUUUUACAUUUUAAUAUUGUAAAACGGUGUAGCAUCGCUGUUCGGCCUUAACUACUAGUCACUAGUUUCUAGAGUCCCUGCCUGGCUUGGAAUGUCAGUCAGUGCGUCCCACUUAAGCCUGGUGUGUACCUGACUUAAAGCCUGUUCUAGUGAUUCCAGGAUAGGCUCUGGAGGACUGCUGUGACCCUGACCUGGACAAAUUUGCAUUCCAUUUGCCUUUCAUAUGUGAGAGGGCACGUUAAUGCAGCAGGUUUGGCCGGGGCCUGCUCUGUGGUGGUGGGGUUCGAGUCCUGGUUGGGGUGCCGUAAAUGGAGCCCCUAUGCAUUCAGAUAGCUGCCUUGGGUCGUCCCCUGUAUCCUGGCAUGCUGUAUGACUGCCGCAGUGAUUCCUUCAUUCCAGGUGUCACCCUUUGGAACAGAGAAUCGUUAAAUAAGGAUCUGGACACGCAUGUCAAACCACACACUAGUUUCAAUGUUACCACCUCGGACACUAUUAAUGAGAAAGCUAAGCUGUUAGAAAUAAGUGGCUCCCUUAAGGCCAGCAUCUUGGGUGGGAUUGUGGAAAUAGGAGGAUCUGCAAAAUAUUUGAAUGACAAGGCAUCCUCUCUUCAUCAGAGCCGAGUUACAAUGCAGUAUGGACACACUGUGCGCUUUGAGCAGCUCACCAUGACACACCUGAGCAAGGUGACAUAUCCACAGGUGUUUGAGCAGCGCUCAGCUACUCAUGUAGUCACAGCAGUGCUGUAUGGUGCCCAAGCAUUCUUUGUGUUUAACUCCACAAAUUUUUCAAAGGAGGACAAGACACAGAUAGAGGGAAAGUUGAAAAUGGUGCUGAACAACAUUAAAAAUUUAUCAGGGCAGAUUGGAGGAGAAUUAAAUUUGACUGAAAAUGAGCAAGAGCUUGUCAGUGGGUUCACUUGCACUUUUCAUGGAGACUUUGAACUCCAGCACAACCCCACAAACUUCACAGAAGCUGUAGAGGUGUACCGCACACUGCCUGAGCGGCUGGGGAACAAGGGAGAAAAGGCAGUGCCCUUGAGAGUGUGGUUGUAUCCAUUGAGGUGCCUGGACUCGAAAGCUGCUCAAAUGAUGCGAGAAAUCGACGAGACGCUUGUGUCAAGACUUCAGUCUGUUCUGGAGGAGCUGGAAGAUGUCAUUCUGAGUUGUAAUGACCUCAUGGCAGAAAGUAUUCUACAACUCUUCCCUGAAGUGCAUGACAAGAUCAAGGAGUUCUACAGCAGCCUCCUACAGUACAGGGUCUUGUUUCAGAAAAACUUGUCCAGUGUUCUGUCAGCUGUGCGAGGUGGUGGGAAAGAAGAGCAAGAUUUGGAAAGCAUCUUGGAGUCUCAUAAGCGCUCUCCCUUUUCUUCCGAUAAGCUCAAAAAGUGGUUCGGUCUAAAAAGGUCUGAGACCAGUGUUCUGGUAAAGUAUACCAAACCACUGAAGGAGAGCCACAUUCUAUUUUCAAGCCAUCUGGAAGAAGUUCUUUUAGAUCCAGAAAUAGACACCACCAUCUGCUUUACCUUUACCUCCCUGGCUUACAGUGAGCCAUACCUGUCUACUUUGAGUACAUACCUGAAUUCGGACCACAACGAAGACCAGUCUGCAAUCAAUGAGGAGAACGUUCAGCCUUGGUUUCGUUCGGAUCAAUGUUCCUCAGCUAUGAGAGAGAAUCUGAAGCUCUUCACCAGUUUUGCAGAGGCUAACCAACAUAGGGAAAGGAUUAAGUUUGUCAGCGCUGCCAUUUCAGAUCCGGAGCACCCUGGGGCCUCCAUCCGACUUUAUCAGCAAGCCCAGUUAGUAGACCCGAAAUACAUACCUGUUCCUAAGCCUAAAUCUGCCAUUGUUGAGGACAUCCAGUGCAGCAGUGCCACCUUAAGGCUCUUUAUGUCUUCUGAGAACGUAAGGUACUAUAGGGUGGAGUACCGGAAGAAGCUGAAAGAGGCUGAGUCGGGUGCAGAGGGGAUAGAAGAAUGGACAGUCACUGACACAGUGGACCUGCAGGAGACUUGGACCAUAAGUGGUCUUCAGCCAAGUGUAACGUACGUGUUCCGCUACAGAGCAGUCAGUGAUGUUGGAGUUGGUGAGGCUAGUGAGGUCACAGAGUUCCAUACUAAACCAGUGCCGCUGAGGAGAAGUGAACUUCAAAAAUAUAAGGUUUCGCUGUCGCUGGACAUGAACACAGCACAUGAAAGCUUGAAUAUUGAUUAUUUAGAUUUUUUAAGGACUUGUUCCCGUAGGAAUGAUGUUUUCAAACGUCCAUCACAUCCAGGCAGGUUCAGUGAAGUACCUCAGGUGUUGUGCAGUGAGAGUCUUUCUGAUUCUUGCUUUUACUGGGAGGUUGAUUGGGUUGGAGGAGGGUUCUGUAUGGGUGUUGUUUAUGGAAGCAUUAACAGGAAGUCAGCUGGAAAUGACUGUCUGCUUGGCUUGAAUGACAAGUCCUGGUGUAUAUGUAGCUUGGAUGGCACGUAUACCAGUGUGUGGCAUGACAACAAGGGUGAAUACAUAAUGAAACAGUGUGGGGAUAGACUAGGAAUCUAUCUGGACUGGCCAGCAGGAACAGUGACAUUUUAUAGUGUUUCUUCUGAUGAGCUGGUCCACCUUCACACGUUUCAUAGCACUUUCACGGAGCCUCUGUAUCCUGCUUUCUAUAUAGGCAAAGGCUGUACAAUAGAUUUUCCUUUAGAUUUUAAGUGUAGGCAGCAAUAGAUUACACACACACACACACACACACAUACCCGGUAACACAGGGCGUAAGGCCGGAGGGGGAGGGGACAUACCCAGGACGGUCUGUCGCAAUAGAUUACGUUCAGGAAAAGUUAUUAGUACAACAUAUAUGCACACUACUGACAACUGUCACAUACAGUUUAAAAUUUAGAAAUUUAAUUCACAUUGGUAUGAUUUGGCACAGCCUUCUUCAGUUUGCAUAUAGAAUGAAAAGUACAGGAAAGGAAAGAACAGCUACUCCAUAUGACAUGUCUGUUAUGCCUUCAUUGGUUGAUGACAAAAGGUAGCAGUUUGAAUAUUGUGUUCAUGCAUGGUUUAUUUAUAACAUUUAUAGUUUGAAUAAGUGUUAACAUUUUACAACCACCUGAACUUGAACCAGGUAUUAAUUAUUGGAGUUAAGUUUUAUGUUAUGGAAAUAUACUUUUUAUGUUUGAUAUGUUGAAAAUGCCAUAUUAAAUUUUCAUUUACUUAGCAUAAUGCUUUUCUCCAAAGCGACUUUCAAUG